AUGUUAGGUUUCAAUGAAGAAAAUAAUUCUCAGGUUAUUCCGUCGAUUGAAUUACCUGAUGACUUAUUUGAAGAAAGUAUAAAUCCAUGGAAGUUUUCUCUUAUUGGUAGAUUGAAUUUACAGCAAAUCAAACUUGUGGAUGCUUCGAUUAUUCUUCGUCAACAGUGGAAGCUAACUGGGAAUUGCAAACUUAUUCCAUUAGGUAGAGGUUUUUUUACAAUUAAGCUUGAUAAUGAGGUCGAUAGAGAGUACAUCAAAGAGGGUAAAUGGGAGGUGUUGGAUCAAAUUCUUCAAAUUCGAAAGUGGAUCUCUAAUUUUCGUCUUGAAAGUCAGAAAGCUUCAAGAGCCAUGGUAUGGGUGAGGUUUCCAGGAUUAGGUCUUGAAUUCUGGAAUGAGAAGAUUUUGUUUAAGAUUUGCAAAGAAAUAGGUACACCAAUCAAACUAGAUGAAGCUACAGCUAAAUGUGAAGUUGGUUAUUAUGCUAAUGUGUUGGUUGAUAUUGAUUUUGCUAAUUCUAUACCAAAUAAGAUUUGGAUUGGCACUAAACAUGGUGGUUUUUUUCAAAGUAUUUCCAUUCCAGCUUGUCCUAAAUUCUGCUCCACUUGCAAGAUUGUUGGUCACUUCAUCACUGAAUGCAGGGUUGAUGGGUUUGAGGAGAGUACUACAUCUGGAAAAACUGAUGACCUUCCUAAUGUGGAUUCAGUUGUUUCCAAUAUUGUCACUCUUAUCAAUUUACAUUCAGUCAGCAAUUCAGUAAACAUAGUGAGUGGUAGAUUUGAAGUUCUUAAUGACAUGGAACAUAAAGAGGAUGAUGUUAUCAGUGCAGAUAAGGAGAUCUUAGCAGAAAUGGAUCCUCAGAAGCUUAUCCAAGUGUCAAAAGUUACUGAACUGGAAAAAAGUGUUAUACAUUUUGUGAAUGCUGAAUCUGGUAAGGUUACUCCUGAGCCAGUACCUUUUACUACUUGGUCUAAGGUAGCUACUUCAUCAAACAAUAAGAAAACAGACACUGAAGUUGGUAAGUCUAGUCAAACUACAAAAGUUACUUCAACUAAUAAGGCUCAAGCAGCAACUAAGUACAACUUUAGAAGAAAUGUGGGUAAAGGGGGCACAAAACCCCCUCAAUCCAAACAAUGA